AAUCACCGUCCAACUUCCGCUGCCAAAGCGUUAACUACGUGUGUGCUCUUUACACGGGUUCCGCACAAUCUCAUCUAGUCGAGUAGGAUGAUGAGAUACAUACUGUGGUUGAUGUGGGUUAUGCUGGUUGUCUAUCGAGUGUCAGCAGUCGAGCGAAGGUUAUGCCCGAAAGGCGAGAUCUACUGUGGAGAUCCCGAUAUUUGUUUGCCCAGUGAGUACAUAUGCGACGCGUACUACCAGUGUCUCGAUGGAAAGGAUGAAGAAAAUUGCGAGACCUGCGACGGAUUUGCGUGUGACGAUGGCAAGUGUAUAAACGCCGACUACGAAUGUGACGGCGACAUGGACUGCCCCCGGGGAGAGGAUGAACGUGAUUGUCCUCUUCCUGUUUGCUCCGAAGACCACCUUUUGUGUAAACCAAGAAAAAUAUGUUUGCUGGAUUCAGCGAUAUGUAACCUAGUGAAUGACUGUCCCGACGGGUCUGACGAAGUUAACUGUGAAAAUCGCACCUGCCGUGGCUUCAGGUGUGAUAAUUUUCGGUGCGUGAACAGUGCUUGGAGGUGCGACGGGGAGGACGAUUGCGGAGACGGUUCAGACGAGAGCGAUUGUUCAGUACCAGUUUGCUCCGAUGCGAGACUGCUUUGUAGGCCUCGCUUCAAAUGCUUGUUGGAACGCGAUAUAUGUGACGGGACUUCUGACUGUCCAGACGGCAGCGACGAAACGAAUUGUACUAUUCCGGAAUGCUCCGAUGGGAAGCUGCUAUGUAAACCACUGCUUAAGUGUCUAGACGAAAUCGACGUAUGUGACUUUGUUAAUGAUUGUCCAGACGGCACUGAUGAGCAGAACUGCGAUAUGUACAACUGUAGCGGGCGGUUCAAGUGUCGGAACCAUAAGUGCAUUAAAAGCGAGUACAGAUGUGACGGUGAAGAUGACUGCAAAGACGGAUCUGACGAGGAGAAUUGUCCUGUGCCACGGUGCAGUUACGACCAACUGCUGUGUGUGCCAAAGAGGAGGUGUUUGGACAGAUCUAAGGUGUGCGACGCUAUGAAUGACUGUCCAGAUGGUUCCGACGAGAAUCACUGUCAACUAGACGAAUGUGCCGGUUUUAAGUGUCGAAGUGACCAGUGCAUUCCAAGCACGUACCGCUGCGAUGGCGAGCUGGAUUGCAAGGACGCCUCUGACGAGGAGGACUGCCAGUCCCCUGCACCCUAUAAUUUCUUUGAUCCAGUUGACUCAUUUUUCUUGUAGUUUAAAUUUUCUCCCUCUUAUCCUGACCAAGCCGAGAUCACAAUCUGAAUGAUUUCAUAAUUUCGUGGUGUUUUUGUAAGGCAUACACAAUAGUUGCCUUGUUGAUUUCUUGUUUUGUUUAUAGAGAACUAGAGCAUGUAAAACUGUGAUCCAUACUGGUCUCCGUGAGGCAUGACUUCCAGUGAAGUAAACCGA